UUGGUGUUUAGAAACGCCAUUUACAAGUGGGAGUAUCGUAGCAGUGGAAAAUCGGGAAAUAUUGGUGAAAGAGAAGCGAGAAGUAUCCCGUAUCAGAUUCAGAAGUUAUUUUUGCUGCUGCAGACGAGUGACCUAGGUUCUUUGGAAACGAAGGAUUUGACAGCAAGUUUCGGAUGGUCUAGCAAUGAGGCUUACGAUCAACACGAUGUCCAAGAGCUGUGUCGGCUUAUGUUCGACGCCCUAGAGCUCAAAUGGAAAGGCACGCAAAAUGAAAAAUUAAUUCAGAAUUUGUACAGAGGAAAAUUGCAAGAUUUCGUGAAGUGUUUGAAAUGUGGGAAGGAAAGCCUGCGGUCAGAUGUUUUCCUUGACCUGCCGCUUGCUGUGAAGCCUUUUGGUGCCGUUGAAGCCUUUCGUAGUGUUGAAGAGGCCCUCCGAGCGUUCGUGACUCCUGAACUUCUUGAUGGAAGUAAUCAGUACUUUUGUGAACGGUGUAAUUCAAAACAGGAUGCUCACAAGGGUUUGCGUGUGACAGAAUUUCCGUAUCUGCUGACCAUCCAGCUCAAACGAUUUGAUUUUGAUUAUAAUACAAUGCAUAGGAUAAAACUAAAUGAUAGAAUGACGUUUCCCGAUGUGUUGGACUUAAAUCCUUUUGUUUAUUCUCCAAAUGCCGCCAAACUAUCUGAUGAGGAAUUACUGCCUGCCUCAACAGGUACUGGCUCAGAGACGGUGAUCGCUGGCCAACCGUUAGAUCGCUCAUAUGUGAACAAACUACUCAAACGAGGAGAGUACGUCUAUGAAUUGUUUUCCGUCAUGGUCCAUCAAGGAAGUGCUGCAGGAGGACAUUAUUUUGCAUAUAUCAAAAACAUGGACCAAGAUCGAUGGUACUGCUUCAAUGACACCCGGGUUGAACCAGUAGGUUUUGAAGAAAUAGCAAAAAGUUUUGGCGGUACCUACGGCGGAUGGUCUACCAGCAACACGAAUGCCUAUAUGCUAAUGUAUCGAAAGAUAAGUAAGGUCAACUCCUCGUUUAUCCGUACUGCGGAUCUACCCCAACAUAUUACUCAACUCAAAAGUCAGUGGAAAGAACAAGAGGCUGAGCGAGAAAGACAACGAAUAUACCAGCUUAAUCUAGUCAAUGCACUCAAGUUUUUUGAAGAAAAGUCUCGUUCUUCUAACCAUUCCAAUAAUCCUGUCAUAUUUCGCCACCAUAGCCGUCUAAUACGUGCGACAAGUGAACGCGGCCUCACCAUUUACGAAGCGUAUGUGUCAAGGGCGGAUCUAGCUAAGGUUCAUCAGAGUGGCCUUGCUUAUUCUUAUAGCAUCGUCUGA